UGGAUCCGGUAAAAAAAAAAAACUAACCGGACAAAAAAGCGGCCAAAUUUUCAUUUUGCCGCUGGCCCGAUCCAAACCCCUCCCGCGGCCCGAUCCAAAACGUCUAUGUCUGGCGCCUGCAGGCGUCUCCUCACAUUCCGAAUCCCACGCUCCACCGCCACCAGGGCCGCCGCCACCGCCGGCUCCACCUCCGACGCCGCCGCUAGGCAAGGAAGGCUCUAAGGGAGAAGGAGAUCUUGUCACUGCUACUGAGCAAGGAAGGCUCAAAGGGAGAAGGAGAUCUCGUCGCUGCUACUGAGCCACCAUCAGGUUCGCCGCUGCGCACACAACAUGUCUCCUGGUCAAGGUGUGGCUACGGCGAAUGCUCGGCCGUAUGGUAUUCCUGCUGUGAGCUGCUACAGUUCUCCAGCGUGUCCGUCUUUUCAUGCUAGACCGGCGUUUCUGAGUCUGCAGGGUCCUGCAUUUCGUCGUGAGAAGAAAUCCUUCGCUUUGAGAGCUGGUAUUGAUUUUCCCUCUCACGCCAUAAUAUCUUCCUUCACAAAGUAUGAACCUGUUAAAGGCAUCAAGCCAUUGCUGUCAUCCUGCAACUCGCACUCAAGAACUCAAGUUUGUUGUCAAGCAUCUUUAUCGUCGUUCAGCUACCCUGAGUUAUCUUCUAAGCCUAAAUGGUGGUGGAGAACCCUAGCAUGUGUACCUUAUCUUCUGCCACUGCACAACAUGUGGUCACAUGCAGACACCAUCUACCAGCUUCAUCCUUACUUGCAAAGGUUUGGGCUGCUUUAUGCCUUCAUUGAUACAAUGGCUCUUCUCCCUGGGUGGCUUUUUCUGGUGAUCUUCAUGACUAUAUACUUCUUCGUUGUGAGGCGGAAGUGGUCGCCGCACUUCUUGCGGUUUCACAUCAUAUUGGCUAUUCUGCUUGAUACGGGCUCACAAGCUAUGGCCACCGCGUGCAACUGGAAUCCAAGCAUUGUUUUUCAGGGUAAACCAAUGGCGUAUUUCUGGAUGACAAUGGCCUUCAUUCAGAUCUUCACGGUUCUCGAGUGCAUGAGGUGUGCGCUUUCAGGGGUGUACCCUAACGUUCCGUUUAUGUCUCACUCGGCGUUCAUCCAUUCAGAUCUUAACCUGUUCAGGUAAUUGAUCAGUGCAAAAUGCAUUUUUGGACUAUAAGAGGAACUGAAGAUGUCUGAUAAGUAGGAGGUUUGGACCUACCGAGGCAGUAAAUUUUUGAGUAUAUGCACUCUGGGAUACAAGAGCUAGGAAAUUAGUGGUAAUCGUUGCCAGUACUGUUAACUGCAUGUUUCUUCUCUGCAUUGAAGUUCGAGUGGUAGCAUAUUCCAUUUACUUUCUUCUUCCCUCCUUUUCACUGGCUCAAACAUUGAGCAAUUUAAAUGGGUGGAUGCAUAUUGAAUUCUGACUGCUUGCAUGAUGAUCUCAGAGCUCUUUAUUGUAUGGUCUGCACAUUCUAACUGUAUGGCUGUUUCGGUCAUGGAGCUAUAAUAUUCUGUUUUGUUUUA